AUGGGAAACGGCACGGGGGUGACAGAGUUCAUUCUCUUGGGACUCACAAAUGACCCCCACCUGCAGGCUUUGAUCUUCCUCGUCCUCUUUCUCGCCUACACAGUAGGCAUCUCUGGGAACCUGACCAUCGUCACCCUAACCCUGCUGGACUCCCGCCUCCACACUCCCAUGUACUUUUUCCUGCGCAGCUUCUCCUUGUUGGAGAUCGCCUUCACGUCCGCCUGUAUUCCCAGAUUCCUGGUCACCCUUGCCAGCGGAGACAGAACCAUUUCCUUUUCCAACUGCUUCACUCAGCUGUUCUUCACCAUCUUCCUGGCGGUGACAGAGUUCUUCCUCUUAGCCGCCAUGUCCUACGACCGCUAUGUUGCCAUCUGCCGGCCGCUGCAUUACACGACCGUCAUGAGCCGGGGCGUAUGCUCCCUGCUGGUCCUCUGCUCUUUUCUCUCCAGUUAUAUGAUCGUGUUCCCACCGUUUGUGAUGGCCAUCCGGCUAGACUUCUGCGACUCCAACAUCAUCAACCAUUUUUUCUGCGAUUCUUCCCCAUUGAUGGGGCUUUCCUGCACAGACACCCGCUUCUUGGAGCUGAUGGCUUUUCUCUUGUCCUUGGGGACGCUCUUCAUUACCUUGGCGCUAAUGACUGCGUCCUACACGGCCAUUGCCCGCGCCAUCCUGAGGCUUCCCUCCGCCCAACAGAGGAGAAAAGCCUUCUCCACGUGCACCUCCCACAUGGUUGUGGUUUCCAUCACAUAUGGCAGUUGCAUCUUCAUGUACAUCAAACCGUCUGCCAAGGACAGGGUGGAACUGACCAAGGGGGUGGCGGUGCUCAACACUUCCGUUCCCCCCAUGCUGAACCCCUUCAUCUACACCCUGCGGAACGAGCAGGUCAAGCAGGCCUUCAGGGCCCUGGUGCUCCGGAUUGGGUUUUCCUCCAGGAAGUGA